CGUGCGGCGCGCGCGCACCCGCUUUAACGCGAUCCAAAAAUACACUCGCCCGGCCACCGCGUGUUAUAUCAAUUUUUGUGCUGUGUUUUAACGAUAUAAAUGAAGCGAUGUCACCGACUGCCAUGGGCGACCUGCCUCAGUGGUGCGGGAAGACAGAAGGAUGCCCUCAGGCCUUGCUUGGCUGGCUAUAUCUGACUCAUGAGCACAACGAUCAGUGGGUCCCUGGAUCAGUAUGGGGCCCUCUCCCAACAGCAGCCACAGGGACAACCCAGCCGCUCACAGACGACAGCAACUCACUAGCGGAGCAGUUAGCCGCCAUGUCACUACGCCGCCCGCCCCGGCCGCCGCCCCCGGCCUACAUGUGCCAUUUGUGCUUCAAGAAAGGACACUACAUUGGGGACUGUCCACAGGCCCGUCCCAAAGGCGAAGGUCUGACGCCAUACCAGGGAAAGAAGCGGUGUUUCGGCGAGUACAAGUGCCCGAAAUGCAAGCGGAAGUGGAUGAGCGGAAACUCGUGGGCCAAUAACGGUCAAGAGUGCAUCAAGUGUCGUAUCAAUGUUUUUCCUCAUAAGCAGAUAUUUCAGAGGCCACUCGAAAAGCCAGACGGUCUGGAUGUCAGCGACCAGUCGAAGAUCCACCCCCAGCAUCUCUGCCAGAAAUGUCGUUCACUCGGAUACUAUUGUCGACGGGAAUAUUAGAGAUUCACCAAAGUAUCGCUAUAUAAAUCACUAUGAAAUUAAGUCGUUUAUAUAAAUUUGUUAACAUUUAUUAAGUGCCUUAUUGUAAUUUAAUUUUGUUCGUUUGUUAUUCUUCGGGUUACGUAAUGUCUAGGCCUAGGUCCCAGUGGAACAAUACGUGUUUUUCUACUUUCCUUACAAAAUUAUCAUUGAAACACGUAGAAAUAAUAUUUACAUACUUUAAUAGCAAAGACAAUAAACGCAGCACAGGUUAUAUCAACGUUUCAUAAAUCCAAAUAUACGCUUAAUAUACCAAAAUGCGGAGCCAAAGUUUUUUAAUAAAAAUAUAAUUAAGAAAAGUAAUUAAAACAAAUAAACAUAAGAAUUCUUAAAAUCAUAAAAUACUAAAAAGAUUAAAAUUAAGUUUUUAUAUUAGGUUCUUAAGUGGGUUAUGUAAUGAGAAUGCUUAAAUAACGAACAUAUAAAAUUUAGUUUUGAUUUCGUGUUUCGUUCAUAUGGUUUUAAAUUAAAAUAUGUUCAACUAGAAUGGUAAGGUCUAUUUUGUCCAUGAUUCGCGUUCUCAUAGCAUAGCUCAAGCGUGGGUUACAUUAAAAUAUUGUUGAGAAUUUGUAUGACAAUUUUGGUGAUCUACAAUUUAAUUAAAUUUACUCCAACUACUAGUACUACUACAAUUUAAUUUACUCCUUAAAGAAUAGGGCGAUUAUGUAAUUAAAUUCGAAAAAUAUUCAGCUCAAACUCACUUCACCCAGGCGAAAGUAGACACGGGUGAAGUCGCAGAGAUGGGUGAAAUGAGAUUUCAAGGUAAUGUGUUAAUCUCUUACCAUAGACUAUGUCUGUAUAUAAAUUCCCACAAGCUAAGGAAUAGAUAACUAAUGUAAGAUUGUUGUAUGGCAAGCGUACCGCAUUACUAAACAAGCACAUUCAAAUGAUUAUUUGAUGAAAAACAUACAGGUCUAUCUCGUCAAAUGUUUAAUGAUUAUUCAUCACGACUGCUAUAAAACAUUAAUACACACAUGAAGAAACAUAACACAUAGAUGACAUGACAUCUCAAACAAUAGGCUCAAUGUAACCCACGCUCUGAAGUAUUUGAGAUUUCGUAGAUGUUAAGUAAAUAUGUUAUAUUUUAAAAUGUAUAUUUCGAAAGAUUACUCCAAGGCAGAUACUUACUAAUUUGUUGUAUGUAUAUAUCGACAAUUUAUUCCAUUUAUAUCCUUCCAACAAUUUAAUCAUUUAGUUAAGUGAAGUGAUUUUAUGUAUAUUGGAUUUAAAUUAACAAAUUAUAACCAGAUAUAUAUUUUAGUUAUAUUUUAUAGAUUUUUGCUAGUUUUUAAGAUUUUCUUUUUAUACUCUGGUAAAACAUUUGACUUUCAAGGGUUUUAUUUGGCAAGGUGUUCUGAAUUAGGAGCUCUUUGCGAUUUAUUCUCAUUAUAGAUUGUAUACUCGGUACCUUUCUACCGCAUGAAAUCAUUACGUUUAACGGGUUUUAGUAUUAAAUUGAAGGAGAAAUAUUCAAAUGUUUUACCAAUAAUUUUUGUAUAAACCAAUAUUUGUGAUUACUAUACACGUUGGCUACGUUUCUUGAUAUCAUCCUGAGAGAAUUUAAAACUGUCAAUAUGGCCUGAUAAAGGCUCAUUAUAUAAUUUUUCUGAAAGUGUAAAAUUUUCAAUUUAGUGACAGCGAUACACUGCUUUAUGUAAUAAAAACUGCAUAAACGCAUUGUCAAUUUCGUUUUACGAAGUCUAUAUACACGUUAUAUGUUAAUAAUGAGUAUAUAAAAAAGCAGACUUCUAAACACCGCAACGCCUUAUAGAUAGUACAUAGUCGUAAUAUAGCCAAACCACCAGGUUGACUUUAAAAAUUAAUGCCAAUUAUUACAAUAAUUCUUGGGUUUUAUAUUAUAAGUUCUAUAUUAAUGAUCCAAAGUGAAUUCUCAAUGUGCCAAAUUUAUGAUUAAGACUUAUUAUAAUUGACAUUAUUUACCUAAUUUUAAACGUACUUAAUACAAGUACUUAGUUAUUAUAUGUCAUUAAAUUUCAUGACAAAAUAUCAUAGACAUAGGGAACGAAUUUAGUGAACAUUAUUGAUUAAUGCACUUUUUUACAAUCUUGUGUUUCCCAUCAGUGACCCAUCUUUUUCCAAUUAGUAAUUAUUAUUAAAGAAGAUAGAUAGAUACGUUCUAAAUUGUUUGAUACAUACAAUAAGAUCUAACGUAACCAUUCUAUGAGUUUAGAGGGUUUUUUAAUAUAAAUUUUCUAUUAUUACUAUUCCUAUUUGAUAUUCAUUGGCGAGCCGGCAAGUGGAAGCCCGUCUUCUCUAUUUCAUUGCAUAAACAUUCCUGCUGCAAUCUGAAGUUUCUUAAUAUUUCAGGUGCAUUAUCAGUAGUUACCUUUAUAUCGCUUUGUUUCUCCAGAUUGCAUAUAGGGGCUUAGUCAAUAUGCCUUAACAGUAGUGUAGGUAGGCUCCAAAGUCCAAUUACAGGACAUUCUAUAAUCAGAUGCAUUAUUGUCCGAUUUGUUUGUAGGUCGUAUGUACACAAGCUAAAACUUUGCAGGUAUUCAGCAAACGCCCCAUCUCCCGUUAAGAUCUGCAUCAUUUGAGGGCUAGGUUUGACUAAUAAUUUUGUAGUAGUCUAUAACAUUAAUUAUAAAGUAUCUGUUGUUUUAGCGGUAUGAGCUUCUUUGUACCGUUUGUCCCCCUCCGAUAUCUUUUUUUGUCUAACUUCUUUCCUGAUGUGAGAAAAUGGUAUCUUUACGUAUUCCACUUUCGUCCCGCCGCCUCUGAUAAGGGAGUUUGGUGGUUUAAAAACACAUAUAUUAUGUUAUAUUCGCCUUCAGUAAUUAGGACUCCAAUAUAAUUUAAGCAUUUUACUAUAUAUAUGUUUAAAUUGUAAUUUUAUAAUGUCAAAAAUCUUCAUGUAUGUUAUAAUUUUCCCUAAAUUCUUUUGUUUCUCUAUGACUAUGAUAUAUAAUUAUAUUGUCGCUGAAUCGAGGGUGCUUUAAAGUAACUGACAAACCAUUUUGAAUAUUUUGUCAAUUCAGUUUAUAGCUUCUAAUACUUAGAUUGUGAAUUGCAAUGGCAAAAAUCGUAGCGGAGCGUAGUUAAUAGUCGAUCUUACUUCACCUAGCUCUGCGAUUGGGUGAAGUCCCGAAACGCUGCAUAGGGUGAAAUGAGUUCACAGUGGGUGAAGUAAGGUCACGAAUGAUUAAUUUACAAAUAUAUAGUAUAAUAGUUGAGAAUUAUGAUGAAUAUAUUAUAAUAAUUAUAGCGAAACUGCGUAUUUGCCAAUUUUUUAUACGAGUAUAAAUAUCAUAAAUUUGACCGCUUUCGUAAAAUAAAUUUUAAGGAGAAUUAGUUGUUCUACAGGAACAGUCCUAGCAACAGUGCUAGAAAAGUAAGUGCCCACUGGCAGCACUGUUUCUGCAAAAAUAUAUUUUAAAGAAAAUUGUGACGUCGAUAUAUAUGAUGAUAAUUUGUUACUUAUGCAUGACAUUAAAUUAAA